UAGACUGAGUCAGAGUACUUAUCCUUAUUUAUAAAAUGUGGAAUUCACUCAGAAGUGUGUUGAGUGGAGCAAUCUAAACAAAGACAACCAUUCAUUCUUCAGAGAACAAUGCUUUUUUCGCAGAGAGCUAACAUGCGGAGUUUGUAUUGCCUUACAGUUAUAUUCCUUUAUAAACCAGAAAAUACUCACGCGGCGAAGACCCUCAGUUUUAUCUCAUUCAUAUUUACGGACAAAGAAAGUCCGAAAAAUUUGGAAGGUACCUGUUUCGACAUAGAUAACAAAUCUGUGAGCAUCAUGCAUUUCGGUAUAUCAUUAUUUAUCGACAACCUAGGCUCGCCUUGCAAUUCUGAGUAUACUGAAUUAACAGAAAUACGAAAAUACAUAAUAAACAACGAUCAUCAGAGGCCACGAUGUAGAACUAAAUUAACCGUAUCAAUGAGUAGAGAACAGUGUGAAAAAACCAUUUUGAACUUGGAAUACUAUUGCCAACAUCCAAAGGAAUAUGACUCUAUUUACUUUCAAGAGUGUAUGGUAAAGAAUACGUCGCAGAGCAACGAUGAUCCUAACACAACUGAAACGGGAGCUAUUACAAUGUCAACAUUUCCAACACCAAUAAGGGGUAAACAAGGAAAAGAUUAUAAAUUUCCAAGGGCUCAUUGCAACAUGAAGGAAUGUAAGCCAAAGGAGUGUUCAACAAAUGGAUACGGACAAACUACGAAAACAUUUUUUAAAGACAGCACGAGAGUUCCCGAGGAAGAAAAACCCAUGAAAAAAAAUUUGAUUUUGGGGGUAGGUUUCGGAGGACUUUUCGUCGGAAUCCUGUCUACAGCAAUAGUUUUUGUUUGUAUCAACAGACAUCGAGAAAGCAGAAUCAUGAAUGAUGAUCUUAUUUCCGAUUCAAAUAUACAUCGCAUGACUCAGACGAACCGGAAAUUCUCCAUUCAUUCAAAGGGAGGAGAGACUGUGUACCAUGACAUCGCCGACAUCCCGGGUCCAUCCAAGAACGAUAAAAUAAAGGGUGUGAGUAAUGUUUUCCUUCACGAUGACUCCCCAGAGCAGCGAUACAGCCCAAGCCCCAAAAGCAGCACCAGUACAUACGAAAACGAAAGCAUAUCAUCAAAGCUAUCAUCGAAGAAAGUUGUCGAUUCAUCAAAAGGGUCAAAAGCAUGUGACGAACGACCGCAGGUGUACCAUACGUUGUCGAAAGACUACAAUACGGCUUCAACAAACACUGAAAACGAGAACAUUCUCACGAAAGAAACGUUGAAGAGCGACUAUGAUGUGGCAAAUUAUUCACCACGUGAAACGAAUCCGAUGAAACAUGGCGGGCAGUGUGUUUCAUAUGAACAGCCUAUUAGCCUGUCGAGUUCCAAAAAAUCAAAAGAAUCACAAAGCAUAAAGUUGGAUAACAAUCCAGCGUUGAGUAGAGAAACCUUAACUGGUGAGGAAGCAACUACCUCUAAUGUUUAUCAUGUCUUACAAGGGAGCGAAGGUAUAAGUCCAGUGGCUUUACUUGAAGAAUCAACCAUGUAAAUCUAAAUAAAAGAAAAGAAGACUAAUCUGGCAUUAUUAUUAUAAUAGUUACAUGUAAUGGCAUUGCAUGAAAAACACAAGAUUAUACGUGUAGUAAAAUAAUUGAAUUUUUAAUAAAUUUCUCAUAACAUAUACAUGUGGACAUCUUUAAAUCAAAUUUAAUGACAACAUUACUUAGCAUAAUUAUAAUGUUUUUAAAGUAUGAAGAAACGGUUGUUAACGUAUUACCAGGUAUCAAGAUUAACGUGCAUUAUGUAUUUGUUUUUGUUUACCAUAGUUACAUGUAUUUGUUUUGAAAAUGGAAAUAUGGGUACAUUCAUUGCAUUUUUAUUUUAAUGCACAUUGUCUUUUUCCAUAUUUUAUUGAAUCAUAUGAUUUAAUUUCUUUUGGUUUCGUGAAAUUUUUGCGUAUAGAUUUUUUAACGAAUAAACCAAACUUAUCUCUUGCUCAAGAGAAACAUAUUUUGUAAUAAAUGAGAGGAUUGCAUUUAUCAAAUGAAUGCUUUAAUGGCAUAGUUUUUAUAGUUGAAUCAUAUUCUACGAGUAUGGAAUUUAAUAUGUACAAUUUGAAUAAAAUUCUUUAUAUGGCUUUCAAAUAAAUAUGUUGCUGCAUAUCGAG